AUGUACCCCGGCCCCAAGCCUCCCACGCCUCAUGUGCCUGGCAUUUACCGCUACACGGCGACUGCUCUGGGCGCUGGCAUGUGGUUUUUCCUGAUGUACCGCGCGAAGAAAGAUGGACCCGUUUUGCUGGGCUGGAAGCACCCCUGGGAUCAUUAG